AUGAGCGACCACCCUCGUCUGAGCAACCUUCGCUCCACCGCUGCGAUCCUCAAGACCGCCUACGCCUCCUUCAACUCCAACCCCGUCCUGUUCCUGUUCCUUUCCCUCCUCCUCUUCUCAUUCCGUUCAUUUGUCGAGACUGGGUCCCACCUCGUCAUCUCUUACAUCGACCGCGAUCCUACUCUCAGAUCCCUUCUCUCCCGCCUCGACCUCUCCUCUUCGGCCUCCCCCGCCCGCCACCAGAUCCGUCACGACCGUCGCCCUCGCCACCGCCCCUUCCCCCACCUCACCCGCGUUGGCACCCUCGACGACGACCUCUUCUCCGAGGCCACUGCCAGUGACCUUCGCUCCCCGUUCUCCACCAGAGUCCUCAACCCCCCCAAUGGCACCCUCGUGAUCCUCUCCGACUUCAGGCCGGAUUCCGGCUUCUCCCCCAACGUCGUCGAUAACGGGAUCCGCUUCCAAGAAAUCGUGCGCCCCGGCAUCAAAUUGAAGGUCCAUGAUAGUCUGCUGCUGUCGUCAGACAGCAGCGAAUUGGACGAUAAACAAAAUGUUGAUAAGCGACAGACCUCAGGUGAGCAAGAAUUCGAUAGAGCGGUUGACUUGCAAUUCUUCAUCAAGGGUUUGGAGAUGGGUCACCGCGAGGCUGCUGCGUUCUUCUUCCUCAUUAGCUUCUUGUCUGCAGCUUAUGGUUGGGUCAUUCUUGGGUUCCUGGUCACAUAUUCUUGGGCAUUUGGUGCCGUGUUUGUUGCCGUUGUUAACGAUCUGCAAGGGAGGUUCAGUUCACUCUUUGGGGUUUUAUGGGAAGGCUCCAGACUCGGCCUCAGGAGGCUCUCGGGUUUCAUAUUGAUGCGCUGGGCUGUUCGGGAUACUCUGACCCAGCUUCUCGGCUUGUGGUUUUUCGGGGAAAUCGAGGAUCAGUACUCUUUCUUCAAGUUGUUUGUGAGGCUGAAGCUGAUGCCUUUUUCUGUCAUGUUGCCAUGGGUCCGGGGCUUUGAUAGGGAGAUCUCCUGGUUCUUGUUUGCGUGGUUCUUGAUCGACACAGUGAUUGCAUAUGUGUUUGCAUUGGAUGCAUGGAUUGCUAUAGUAGAUUCGAGGAAGAGUGGGAGGGAGAUUGUUAAGGAAGGGUGUUACUUGGUGCUGACAAUGUUCAGUCAGGCUGUUCAGUUGAAAUGCCUCGAGGCUAUCCUCUGUGGGACUUUUGUGAGGUGGGUUUUGGCUCGAGUGUUGGGUAGGGUCUUUGCUUCAGUUGUUCAGUCGACCAUGGAAGUCUACUUUAUGGUGGUGUGGCUGUUCUUUUACUUGUCGACUAGAUGCAGGGAUGCCAACUCUGAAGGGAGGAGAUUCGAGCUUAGAGAACUUGAAGCAGCUUUUCGGGGUGUGAGAUGA